UGGCUGGUGCUUACUGUUUAUUGGUAGUUAAGGAUCUAUUAUCUAUUCAUCAGCCUCCCAUUUUUGCCAAUUACAUUCUUCUAAAGUGAAGUACCAGCAGGUAUUUUGCACAUUGACAAUUAAUGAUAAAAAAUCUGGCGUGCUUUAAAUCUAUUACGCCGAUGCGUAAUUUAUCUGAAAGAUGCGGAAUUGCGGAUGUAAACGAAUGGUGCUGCGGGAACGAGGGAGGGGGGAGCUGCACCCAGCCCCGGCUCCUACCCCUCAUUCCUGCACUUUGUUUUCUAUUUCCUCCCCGCUUUGUACACAAAGAAUCCGUUACUCCGCUGCGUCCCGACGCGCUCAGACCUGAGCGGGGCUGGGAUCGUCCCCGCUCCUUACAGCGGAGGAAGCCGAGCGCUGCGCCCGCAGAGCCGCUCUCGUGGGCCGAUGGCUUUGAGAGGAGCGCUUCGGAGCUGCGCUAAAGGGACGUGACAAAGUGGCACCGGGCACGCGGGGACGGCAGUGUCCGUUCGCCUUUUGUUUCGGGACGGGUUCGCUCUGUGCAGGAGUUCACUACACCGGCAGAGAUCCGCGCACACGUGCGGUUCUUCUCUCGGAGCGGCGCAGGUCGCGCACAUUUGGGGAAGCGCAGGCACAGGCACGGGGCUACGGUGUGCCUUCUGCUCCCCGUUAUGACACCUCUUAGCUCCUCCCGUCCCUUUAUCGUGGAGCCCCGUUCCCGUAACGCUGUUCCCGCAGAGCUGUGACGUUACGGAGGUCAGAAAGGGCCCCGAAUACGGCCGGGCUCGGUGUGCGGGUCCGGCUGCGUUCCGGUUCUGAGUACUGCAAAGAACAAAACUUCUGCGGAGAGCCGCGUUCUGCAUCUGCGUAUUUACAUUCCCCGGGACAGCAGAAUGAGACUGAACUGGGAAACUUCACCUCCUUUUUUUCCUUCCCCCCCCCCCUUUUCCCCUCCUUUUUUUUUUCCUCCUUUUCCCCAUUUUUUCUUUUCUUUUUCUCCUUCUCCCCACUCCCCUUUUUUUUUCUUUUUCUUUUCCUUUCCUUUUACUUCUUCUCCUUCUCCCACCCCCCCCCACCCAGACAUCCCGAGACAACUACAAGUCUGCUUUGAAAAUUGCAGCAAGCCUUUUAGCAGUUGGGGACCGGGGGCUGUGUCCGAAUGACAAAAAGCCCCCGCUGCCACGCACACACACACACACACACACACACACACGCCGGGAAGCCCCGUCCGCACCGCGCACUGCAUUUCUCCAUUUCUCCCCUUUCACUGCCGGGAAGCAUCCGCGGGGCCGAGCUCCCGUCUCGAUGCCGUCCCACAGCGCAGCGGCUGCACGGAGCUGCCAGGCCCCACUCACCGCUCCUAUACAUCCAUAGGCACCCACAUAUCUAUGUCUGUGUAUAUGCACACGGGGAGCAGCGGUUCUGUUGGUUUGUCAAAGAGAAAAAGGGCCACGGGCAGUGGGAACAAAACCCAGCACGACUCGCGGUGGGAACUCCCAGUAUUUACUGCUCUCCCCACAUUUCUCCCGCUGUCACCGUGGCUUUUCGGGGGUUGCCCCGCACUGCCCGGCCGGGCCCUCAGCGAACCCCGCAGUUCCUCUCGUGAACUUUCCCCACGCAGCCUCGCGGGCCGCUCUCUCCUGUCCUCUUGGCGGCUGCGAGGAGGAAAUCUGGCAGGGGCUCCUUCCCAGCAGUCCCCGAUCUGCUCCAAGCGCACUCUUGGAGGCAGCCUCUCUCGGAGGGAGGGGUGCGUUACAUUCGCAGUCAAAUUACAUGGCUGGCCUCAGAGGCACUGGCUUCGGAUUUCCAAAGUAAUACUCAUCUUUGAGAAGCCGAGCCAAGAAGAAAAUACGAGGAAGGCCUCGGAUGAGGGAGACCUCGGGCGAGAGCUUCAUUUUUUUGCGUUCGCUUCACCCAUCGUUUGGCGAAGUUCGGGCUUGCAAAGAGCAGAGGGCAUUUUGGGGAUUCACCUCCCGACCAACACCGACCACUCAAUUUCCCCAUCCCCACAUGGGGCAGAAGGAGGCUGCAAGACUCGAAGCACGCAAUUGCUGGCAGUGGCGUCUCGGGAGGGAUGCGUAAUGUCCGCUUAGUCGCGCAGAGCUCCGCCGGAUCUCUCCCUGCUGAUGCGCGCUCCCCAGCACCGAAACGCGCAGGGAUGUGCCCUGUGGAAGCCACACGGCAUGAAACAAAACACAGCUCCUUCAGCAAAACCAGCGUCGUCCGCGGAUUUUUCAGGCACCCGAGCCCCGGGGUGACAUUUUCUACCCGCAUGAUAUAUGUCCAAAGCACACGUGGGAAAUUUUCCUUACACCGCGUGUGCGCUUCCUUCGGGUUUCUGCGCAGUUUACAUCGCGUUGGAUGCUUCCAUCCACCAACUGCAUUCACCCCUGGGCUCGUUCUGAAUUAAAGCUUCUUUUAUAGUCUGUAUAUUUUUUAUGGUUUCCUGGAAAGAGGGCGGAAAAAAAUAAAGGAAAAGCGUGUUUA